AUGACUGUCCAGGGCUCCACGCUGCUGCCAUUGGGGCUGUUUCUGUUCCUGGGCCUGCUGCUUUCUUCUGCCAGCUCUGUAGGUACCAAUGAUAACUGUGAUCUCUUCAAUAAGAACUGCACCAUUGGCCCAGCUAUCAAGGUCAGUCCAAGGGUUUACGCCCGCAACAAACUCUACAAAGUAAAGAUUCCUGCUAAUAUCAACUCCACUUCUGUGGUCCUGCAAGCUACUGACAAGUCCGAUAACCCAGUAGGCACCUGGCAAAACACAAGCCAAGGAGGCCAAGACUGUAAGGGCAGCGGCAAGUAUGACAUGGAUGCCUUCAACAGCUCAUUCUUCCUGGCAUACUGGCUAUCUCCUGAUUCUGGAAACAUAGCUUCAGUCAAGAUACAAGCCAUCACUAUGUAUUCCGAUAAAAAUUCUACAUAUUCUUCUGUGAAGCUGUGUAACACAACAAAAUCCAUCAUUCCAAUUAGAAGUAAAUUCAAGAUGAGGAACACCAUGGGCACGCAAACUGCAGGCCGAACCACAGCCAGAAGCAAAAGCUUGGCCAACAUUUACAGCAGCCCUAUCACCACUGCCAUUCAGAUCCUGCUUGUCUUCCUCACCAGCAGACUCCUCUUCUAA